AUGAUAAUGUAUGGCCCAAGACCGACAAAAUCGCCCGUAGCCACACCAAAGGCUAUCACUUUCGGAACAGUUGGCGGCUGGGCCAUUCUCUCGCCGUCGCCCGCCUCGCCCGCCGCCGCCCCGUCCUUCACGUACGACCGCACGCACUUUCUCCUCAAUGGCGAGCCAUACCAGAUCAUCGGCGGCCAGAUGGAUCCCCAGCGCAUUCCUCGCUCAUACUGGCGCGAUAGGCUGAGGAAGGCGCGUGCGAUGGGCCUGAACACCGUCUUUCCCUACGUGUUCUGGAACAUGCUCGAGCCGGUGCAGGGCGCGUGGAAUAACACGGGCGAAAACGACAUCGCUGCCUUCUUCCGCAUCGCGCAGGAGGAGGGCUUGCAUGUCGUGCUGCGACCGGGCCCCUACGUCUGCGGCGAGCGGGAGUGGGGCGGCUUUCCGGCGUGGCUCGCGAGCAUUCCCGGCAUGCUCGCUCGGGCGUACAACGAGCCCUUCCUGGCAGCUGCGAAGUCGUAUCUGCAGAGCCUGGCCAAAGACCUGGGCUCUCUCCAAGUAAGCCAGGGCGGUCCGAUCCUGAUGAUCCAGGUCGAAAAUGAGUAUGGCUCGUUCGGAGCCGACCACAACUACACAGCCGCCAUCAGAGACAUCCUUCGCGAGACGUUUGACGCCGUGCUCUACACCAACGACGGCACGGUUGACUGGACGAUAGAGGGCGGCUCGGUCCCCGGUGUGCUCGCCGAGAUCGACGGCGACCCAUGGAGCGGCUUUGCGGCACUGCGCAAGUAUGUCACAGACCCCUCACGGCAGGGGCCGAUGCUUGACGGAGAGUACUAUACCUGGGCGCCAGACCAGUGGGGCUCGUCCAACACGCACAACACUACCGAGGGUCGGCCUGAGGUGGUGCAGCAAUUCGUAAAUGACCUUGACUAUGUCAUCGGCAAUGAGUCCGCCUCCAUCAGCCUCUAUAUGGUUCAUGGCGGCACCAAUUUUGGGUUCAGCAAUGGUGCACUGUGGCAGAACCGGACGACCGCUUUCACCUCGAGCUAUGAUUACGGGUCUCCCAUCGACGAGAGCGGUCGCACAAAUGACCUGUACCAUGCCCUUCGAGAUACGAUCCAGCAAUACGUCACAGCAGGCAGUAUUCCAGAUGUGCCAGAAGAUCUCCCUCGAAUGGAAAUUCCGCAGUUCAGUCUUUCUCCAGCUGUGGCGCUCUUUGAUAUAAAAGGUGAUAAGAAAACCGGCAGAAAAACAUUGGCCAUGGAAACCCUCGGCCAAGCGUACGGCUUCACUCUCUACGAACAUACAGCGACAAGCUUCGUGAAGGGCCACGUCCAGCCCGGAGAUCGAGCCCGAGACCGCGUUCUCGUCUUCGUGGACGGCAUCCGCCAAGGCGUCAUCGACAGUCAAUACCAGCACCCACUGGACGUUGACGUUGAUCUAUCCCCUGGCAGCAAGUUGCAGCUUCUCGUGGAAAAUCUUGGCAGGGUCGACUACUACUCGCGCGGCAAUCCGUAUCGUAACUACCUGCAGGACCCAUACAAGGGCAUAGUGGGUGAUGUCAAGCUGAACAGUACCAUUUUGGAGGGCUGGGACAUGUACACCCUGCCUCUUGAUGACGUCUCCCGUGUUCGAAAAGCCUCAGCCAAUGUCUCGGCUUCCUCUACUCCGCUUUUCUACCACGGUACAUUCCAGAUUGAUAAGCCGACCACGACAAACCCAGCCGAGCUUGAUACGUUCCUGGCGCUUCCCGCCGGCGUGAAGGGCAAUGUCUGGGUGAACGCUUUUCACCUCGGUCGCUACUGGCGUGUAGGUCCGCAGCAGUCGCUGUACCUCCCCGGUACGGUGAUCAAAGCUGGGAAUCAGGUGAAUGAGGUUGUUGUGCUAGAGCUCGAGCCUGAUCAAGUCAAGGGUGAAAUGGUGGCCAUUGGGCAGCGGGAACGCGUCUGGGGAAAUCACCCCGACGAUGAUUGCCUUCGUUGUAUCUAG